GUCAUUAAAUUCGCGCAAAUUACCGACAUGAAGAUUUUAACAAGCUGUCGCUUUUCAGUUUAACGAACAUAAUUUUGCAGCUAUAAAAUAAAUAAUUUAUAUAUAAUAAUAUACACACCUAAACAGUUAUGGUGUCACUGCAGGACGUCUCCACCUUCAUUGUGCCGGGACAACUGUGCGCGCUGCCGCAAAAUGAGGUGGACAGUUGCACCGUGUCGGAAUACUAUCCAGAAAUCAAUUUGAAUUGUGAAAUGUUUAGCACAUCAGUCAGUGGCCACUCAAACGAUACUUACCGCAAUGUUAUGAUACCGGUGAAUGAGGGUGUCAUCAAACGUAUAGUACGCACAUUUUUUGAAAGUGGUUUCAUGGAAGCACUUAAUGAGGCGCGCGACCAACAAACCGCCACUGUUAGUCCACUGAUAUGUGCAACAGCCAAGUAUACAUGUGAAAUGCUGGAUUUCGUGAAAAGACUGAAGACCAAAAUAUUUCCACAUAUGCGUGAGGUGAGCGUAAAUAAUGUGGCUGAAUACUCUGAAACGCGUGACUGGUUGCGUUCCUACAUACGUUGUAUCGUUUGGCAUCCGAAUUGUUUUAAAAUCGCAGUGGCGGGCUCUGAUGAUAUUGUGCGCAUAUAUACCGACGAACCAGCUAUGGUGCCAGUACUCAAAAGUGGUUCACAAAAGUGGAUAACUUCGAUGGCUUGGCGUCCAUUAACCGCUGCUGAACUUGCAGUUGGUUGCCAAAAGGGUGUGUGUCUAUGGACUAUGGAUACGAAUAUGCACAUAACACGUAGCGCCACACAAGCAGUAUUCUUAAAGCAUCCCGGUCACUGCCCGAUCACUUCACUGCAGUGGAGCCCCAGCGGUACGCUACUUGCUACAGCGUCUAUCAGUGAUACUGAUAUUCUAAUAUGGGACGUAGAUAAAUUACAAAAUACGCCUGUUAGACGUGUAGGUUCACCAUGUUCUCUACUAAAGUGGUCGCCAGAUGGUGCAUACCUCUUCUCUGCCACAGUUGGUAGUGUUUUUCGCGUUUGGUCCGCUGAUAAGAAAUGGACGCCGGAACGUUGGACCAUCAAAUGUGGUGUGGUGCAAUCUGCAUGUUGGUCGCCAUGUGGCAACUUUUUGCUCUUUGUUACAACCGGCGACAGCAUACUCUAUCGCUUGCACUUCCAGGACGAAACGGUUUUCGCAUCCGGUACAUCCACUAAAGAAGCUUUAAAAAUUGCCGACUUAACCAAAUUCAAUGCUGGUCGUCGUGAAGUUGGCGGCAAGCCACAAGCUUUGGCCUGGGACGCCGACGGUCGUUACCUGGCGGUCAUAUUCAAAGAUACGCCGUGCAUAGCGCUCUUCAACACGUGUUUAAAGAAAUUCGAUAUGACAAUCUCGCCACUUUGCUUCCUCACUGGCUUGUCCACUGAGUAUCCUUCAUACAUCUGCUUCCAAAGCAAAAAUCGACGCAACACAGAGACUGUUUUGACCAUUGGCUGGUCUAGUGGGCGCAUUGAAUAUUUUCCAUUUGGCAAUAUGUGAUAAAAACUAGUGAAGUGAAUAAAUGAAAGAAGUGUUUUGUUUUGUUGCUUUGGUACAUAAAUAUUAAAAUGGUUUCUGUAUUUAUUAUAUGAGGUAAAUUGCUACAUAAUUUUUUUAUAAACAAAUAAACUGCCAAUUAAUACUUUAAAGUGUUUUUGUGUUUAUAUAUUUAGUAAAUUUAACUGUGUAAACAAUGUUUACGUAAAACUUAACAUAAUUUUUAACGUGACGUUUUAGAAAACAACAAAUUGACAGAAAACAAAUUCAAUAUUUACAUUUACGUAGUUUAAGCUCGGG